GAAAGAUCUUUCUACGUACGUAGGAUGGUAUUAUUAAUCGCUCAAUGUAAAGCUAACACCCUUCAUAGAUACGAUCUCCCACCAUCGCAAAUCGCAAAGCCUUUACCUGUAAAAUCACAGCCACAACCGCAAAAAAGCGACGCAGGGAAACAAGGUCCAAAUCAGACAGGCAAGAACUUAAAGCGGAAACGCGAUGCACCGAAAAAAGACGAUGCGCCUCGUGCAUUCAAACGAUUAAUGGCCUUCGCCGGAGGCAAGAAACCUCGUUCUGGAUUAGACAAUGGGGAUGAACCGAUGGGAAAGAAUAAGAAAAAGAAAACAGCUACAGCAACAACAACCCCUGAUUCUGAAGUUAAGGAGGCCAAGGAAACACGGGAAAUUCCUACGAUCCGACCUGGCGAACGCAUGUCAGAGUUUUCUGCUCGAGUUGAUGCUGCGCUUCCCGUUAGCGGUCUAAUCAACAAUUCAGUCAGGAACGGCAAGGAUCCCUUAGGACUCAAAGUAUGGAAGACCAAGAAAGAGAGAAAGAUGCACAAGUUAUACGAUGAAUGGCGGGAGGAAGAACGAAAAAUAAAAGAGAAGAAGGAAGAAGAGUUAGAACUCCAAGCAGAGAAGGAGCUCGAGGAAGAAGAAAUGGGCGUCACGUGGAAACUCGAUUCACAAGGUGGCGGCAAGAGAAAGAAGAAGGGGAAGAGAUCCAAGUAUCUAGGCGAAAUCGCCGACGCAGACGAAGAUCCUUGGGAAGCAUUGAAGAAGAAGCGUGGAGAAGCGAAGAUCGGCUUACAUGACGUUGUUCAAGCGCCGCCGGAGUUUAGCGUCAAGCCUCAAAAGAAGAUUACGGUCGGGGGUGCAGUUGUUGAAGUUGGCGGCAUUCCGAAGGCUGCGGGGAGCUUAAGACGAAGAGAGGAACUACAAACUGUCAGAGACGAUAUUGUUGCAUCCUACCGAAAAUUGAUGAGCGAGAAACGACCCUCUUUGCAUAAGUCUUAAUAUCAAGACAGGGUGCAUCUCGAGGCUCAUCAACCUAGAUACCCGAAUACCAAAGACACAGCCAUGCCACUAUUAUCCAACUGCGACUCGACGUUAAGAUUUGAUUUUGACUCCCUCUUUAACUUAGGACCUCACGUGUAAUAGAAAUGUGGGACCAUGAUAUGUAGCAUUGCAACGAGAGGCUUAAAGCUCAAUACUUUGCAUUUCCGCAAUAGGAGGGAGGCAACCAGCAUUAUUGUCGGUUGGUUCUGGUU